AUGAGCAUCAACAAUAUCUACACGGGAGUUCGAUCGACUGGUAGCGGAGGUCGCGGCUAUUCGUAUGGGGUUCAGGCAACUCAUCAACUCGCCGCAAUGUUCAUCAUCCUCGGCGCUUCCUUACUUUCCGGAGCGCUGACAGGCUUAUUUCUUCGACUAAAGUUCUGGCGCCAACUCGAUGACGAGGCCCACUACUCGGAUGCCGAAUUCUUCGAGAUCCCAGAGGAUUUUGAGAGAGUGACGGCCACGGCCCGGGAA